UCUUUUUAGUUGUCUUCUUGUUAGUGGAGGACAAGAUGAGGCCUUUGGGAGGCAAGUGUUGUUUCCUGCUCCUGUUGCUGGUGGCCGAAUUGCUGCCCGGAUCCUCCGGCGGCAACAACCCCCGCUACGAGAAGUUCCUGAACCAGCACCGGGACGAUCCCAGGAGCAGUUUCCACGGCCGGUACUGUGACGGCCUGAUGCGCAGCCGGGGCCUCACCAAACCCGAGUGCAAGGAAGCGAACACCUUUAUCCAUGGCUCCAAGAGGCGGAUCCGGGCAGUGUGCGGCCAGGGGGGGGUUCCCAGCGGGCAGCUGCAGCGCAGCCGGCAGCCGUUCCGGGUUACCACCUGCACCCUGAGGGGCGGCUCCACCCGCCCGCCCUGUGAGUACAAGGAGAAUACCUCGCCCAGGUACAUUGUCAUCGGCUGUGAAGACGGCUGGCCCGUCCAUUACGAUGAGAGCCAGAUCGUGACCACUGUCUGAAGCCAAGGAGAAGAAUCGUGUGGCUUAAACCAAUGGCACGGCCUCCCUGUGGCAUUCAGCAUCGUCUGGGGGGGGGUUUAAACCUUCCUGGGUAGCUAUGGCUUCUUUUCCUCACCGGGGAUUCCCUGUAACCCUUCCCCUCCUCUUCUUUUGCUAUCAGAAUCAGGAUCCUGAGCACGCUGCCUUUCUCACCUGUGAAGAGACGGUUUGUGUAAAUCGAGAACAUAAUAAAAUUUGCAAAGCUU